AUGGAAGACGAACACCCCCUCUCACCUCCAGCAGCCCCACCUCAUCACCCUCCCCAAGACAACGACAACAACAACAAAAGCCCUGACUCAACCACCGCCUCCACCGCCACAACAUCAACAGAAACCACCAACAAAAAGUGCAAGGGCAAGGGAGGCCCCGACAACAACAAGUUCAGGUACCGCGGCGUGCGCCAGCGCAGCUGGGGUAAAUGGGUGGCCGAGAUCCGCGAGCCUCGUAAGCGGACGCGGAAGUGGCUUGGCACCUUCGCCACCGCCGAGGACGCAGCCCGGGCCUACGACCGGGCCGCCAUCAUCCUCUACGGUUCCAGGGCCCAGCUCAACCUCCAGCCCUCCGGUACCAACUCUCAAUCGUCCACGCGUGGCUCCUCUUCCUCGUCCUCCUCCUGUAACUCCUCCAGCCAAACCCUAAGACCUCUGCUUCCUCGCCCCUCAGGGUUCGGCCUUACCCUCCCUUUCCCCUCAUCAGCCCACCCGGUCCCGCUCAUGGCAUCGGGCUUCGUUCCGUAUGGUGUUGGUGUCGGAGUUUACCCUAGCGUUGCUGCUGCUGCUACCUCGUCCGUACAGCUGAGUCAGCAUCAUCCUCAUCAUAUUAAUAUGAGAGACCAAGAUAAUCUUCAAAAUAAUCCAUUAUUGCACCAACAACAACAGCAGCAGCAGCAAGUUGCGGUGCAACAAUUUCAUCAUCAGUACCCGGUAUCUGACGGUGGCGGUGGUGACACGUCAACCUCUUAUCAAAAUCCAAACCCUAGCCAUGAUCAAUACCAAGAACUACUUCAUCAUAAUCAAAACAAUCAGGCCGAUUCUUGUUCGUUCGAUGACGGGAAUUCGAUUAUGGGCUCCGGGUUGUCUCUGUCGUCUUCGCAACCCAUGCCCGUUGCACCGGGGUGCUCGGAUCCGAUGAGCGGAGUGGGACCCAUGUCUCCGUUAAUGUGGCCGUUGACGAGUGAGGAAGAGUGUGCGCCGAGUCUUUGGGACUAUGGUGAUCCUUUCUUUUCCGAUUUUAAAGGAUUUGAUUCCUGA